AUGCUUUCCCGUGUUUUCAGCCGUCUGUCGUCGACCACCGCUAGACAAUGUAGUUUCGGUAAGAAAAUCGAGAAAACAAAGUAGAAAAAUGGAGUUUUUAGAACUCGGCGAAACGGAACGCGAGGUUCAGAGUAUGGCUCUGAAGUUCUCCAAGGAGGUUUUGAAUGAGAAGAAGAGGAUUUGAAAUGAUAAAUGGGUAAAUUCUGAAGGUGUUGAUCCCAAACGCGAAAAAGUACGACGAGACCGGCGAGUUCCCCUGGGACAUCGUUAAGCAGGCUCAUUCUUUGGGUUUGAUGAACUCGGUGAUUCCCGAGAAGUACGGUGAGUGUAGAAGAAUCGAUAAGGGUGUAAUUUAUAAUAUAAAUUUUUUUUAUGUUUCCUAUACAUAUUAGUCGAUUUUUAUGAGUUGCUUAUAAGUCAACUUUUUUUAACUUGAAAGUUACUUGAAAUAUCAUUAUCUGUUUAAAAGAAAGCUUUUUAUUUUUUUAUUUUUGCUGAAAUUGUUUUUUUAUUAUUUCAAGGUUGAUUUUUUUGUGAGGAAGAAAUUCAAAAAAAGAAUAAUUUUUUUAUAAGUACAUUCAAAAAGCUUUCAGCUCAAAAAUUCCUUUUUUUCGAAAUUAAAGUUUUUUUGUUUGACUUCCAGAAUUGAUGAAAAAUAUACUUCUCUCUAGUUCAAAAAAACCCUAUUAUUCAAAUAAAUAGACAAAUCUUCAAGUGGUAACUCUAGUGAUUUCAAAAAACUUUCAAAAUUUCUAGGCACUUUUGUUUGAUUUGGCUUAUAUAAUUAUAUUUUUAGAUAGAGAAAAAUUUUUUCGCGAUUUUUUUUUUGCUUUUUUUUUUUUGAAGACUUCGAGAAUUUGAGCAGAUACCAGAGUGGUCCCUAGAAAGGUUAGUAAAAAAGACUAUAGCCUAUAGGAGAUAAUAUAAUUCUCCUUAUAGGGGUAAAGUUUAAGCGGUCCUUAUAGGAGUUAAAGUCUGACUCCUAAGCCCCUUUAAGCUUAAGUGGUCCCUAUAGUGGUUUUUUUUCAAGUUUUUGUUGAAUUUGGAUAGAUAAAAAGACGUAUGGAGACCGCUAACAUACCCCCUAGAGGGGCCACUUUUGCAAGCUUUAGCGCCCCUAUAGAGGGAGUAAGGCGAUCCCUAGAGGGAAACCUUCAAGGUCUGCUCUAGGGACUACUUUGUAUAUGAAAAACUGUAAAAAAAGAAAAGAAAAAAGAAGAUUUCAAGGCGGCCCCGGCAUGUCGACCCUUCAAAUGUGCGUCGCAACGGAAGCCUUGGCCUACGGUUGCACCGGAAUACAAACGGCGGUCGCUGGACCUUCCCUAGCUCUUUCCCCAGUCCUUCUGGCUGGAAAUGAAGAGCAAAAGAAGAAAUAUUUGGGUACUGAAUGAUUAAAAAAAAGCGUCGAAAAUGGAGCAAAUUAGGCUGGCUGGCAUCGGAGCCAAUCAUCGCCUCCUAUUGCGUCACGGAGCCCGGCUGUGGCUCCGACGUGAAUGGAGUCAAGACGAAAGCCGAGAAAAAGGGCGACGAGUAUGUCAUCAAUGGAACCAAGGCUUGGAUCACCGGUGGUGGACACGCCAAAUGGUCGGUUCUUACAGGGAUGGGGAAAAAAUGGAAUAGUGGAAAAAAGAGGAAUUUGAGCAUAAUUCGUGCUUUUUUCUAUAUGACUUUUUAGGGGACUUCUCAAGAUUUUUAAAACAAAAAGUUAAGGAUUAAGUAAAGCGAUAGACUUACUAAAUGGUCGGUAUUUAGAGAAAAAAUGAGAAAAGACUAGGAAAAAUAGCAAAAAAAGAGGAAAUUAAUGAUUUUAAGCGUUUUUUUAGUGCUGUUUUGAAAACAAAAAACGGCUUUUUUUCGAAAAAUUUUAAGUUUCAUGAAAGAAUGAAGAGAGUAGAAGGCACGCUAAACGGUCGGUUUUUGACUUUCAGGGGGGAAGGGGGAAUAGAUUUUUAGAAUAUAUCAUCUGGCCAAAAAAAUUAGCAUGAUAUCAAAAAGGUAAACUUUUUCUUAAAAAAAUGGAACGAAAUUUUUCAAAAAAAGAGAUUUUUUUCGAGCUAUUUUAAUAAGAUCUCUAUGCGAUUUGUUACAUCAGAAUUUUUGAUUGAAAGUGUUAUUUUGCUGUUUUUCUUUUGAUUCAAACCUUAAUAGUUUCAGAUGUGGUUCAAAAACUGUCAUUGAAAAAUAGGAUUUUUGCUUUUUGGAGGUACAAAGGGAAGAACUGUUUUUUGAAUCAUGAGUAUACAUUUUUCUUUUUUUAGUUAUUUUGCCCCAGAAAAGAAUUUUUUUUAUUUGCUAGGAAGUUUAAUGGAUAUUGGAUUGAUUAAAAUAAGCUAUCAAUAGAAAGUACUUAUUAUGAAAUGAAACUGACGAGUUCUAGGUUCUUCUGUCUUGCCAGAACGGCUACGGAUCCUAAAACUCCGGCUGGAAAGGCCUUCACGGCUUUUAUUGUCGAUGGAGACACUCCUGGAAUCAUUCGUGGCAAGAAGGUCAAUCAUUUUUUAAGGGAAAUCGGAGGAAUCUGUAAAAUUUUAGGAGAAGAAUAUGGGCCAAAGGUGUUCCGACACAAGGUUGAUAACCUUUGAGGACGUUCGAGUCAGCGAAAAGAACGUUUUGGGAGCUCCGGGCGCUGGUUUUAAGGUAUAAAAAAAUGGCUCUGGAAGAAAAUCUAAAUCUUAUAUUUGUAAAAUAAGUAAAAGAGAUAAUUUUUAAGCUUAACCCACGUUUUCUCAGAGAACUAUGAACCUUCUGGGACAAUUUUAGUGGCCACUUAAGAGGUUCCUUAAGGGCUACUUGGAUAGGACACUAAAGUGGUCACCAAAGGGUCAAAAACCCUAAAGUAGCCACUGAAAAUUCCCCAGCUUGUUAUAAAAAAAAUUUCUUUUUUAUUCAUUGCUUUAAAAUUCAACAUAGAGAAGUUUUGAGAUUAUAAUGCUUUUUAUGAAAUUUCGUUGAGGCUCCGCCCCUUUUUUUGGAAAAAAAAUUUCCUUAAAAGUUAAUUUUUCAUAGCUUUUCUAGGGCCUCGGAAAGUAGUAGAACUUGAAAAAUCUACAAUUUUUUUAAAGAAUUUUCGUGUUAAAAAAUUUUUUUUGGAUUUGUUUUUCGACAAAAUCGGCGUUUUUUUCCUUAAUUUUUCAAUGUUUUAUGCAAAGAUCCUUACUUUUUAUUUGCUAUUCCGGUGAAGCAAACUUUGAUUAAUAAGGAAAAAAUGUCAAAAAACGUCUGAUUGAUCAAUUUUGAGGUCGCCAUGGGCGCUUUCGAUCUUUCGCGUCCUUUCGUGGCCGCCGGCGCCCUCGGUCUCGCCUGGAGGUGUCUGGACGAAUCCACCAAAUAUUCCCUGGAAAGGAAAACCUUCGGAACCGAGAUUGCCAAUGUACUCGAUGAUUUUUGAAUAUUUGUGUUUGCCAAUUUUAGCACCAAGCCGUGCAGUUCAUGUUGGCCGACAUGGUGAUGAACGUCGAACUUUCCAAAUUGAUGGUCUACCGCGCCGCCGCCGAAGUCGACAAGGGGGUCGGUGAAAAUUCAAGAAAAAUGAGGCGGAAUCCAUGAAAAGUUUUUUAAGAGGUUGUAGCUGGAUUUUGAACUGAAAAGCUCGAAAAAAAGCAAUUAUUUUGUGAAAAGCAUCGGUACUUGGAGAUCAGGGCUUGAAAAAUUGAUUUUUGAAAUGAUUUUUGAUAAAGAAAAGGAAGGAAAAAUAGAGGGAAAUUUCGCAGAUUUUUUUUAAAAAAUGGUCUUUUUUUCGGACUUGUAACGGAAUUUUUGAGCUGAAAAAAAUCAAAAAAAUAAAUUUUUUUACUGGAAAAAAAUUUCGUCUGUAGUUUUUUUAUAAAAUCUAGAAAUGAAGCUAUUUUUCUUUUUAACGUAACCUAAAAAAAGCUUCCUCGUACGACUUUAUGAGGUUAACUGGAAAAAAAAUUAGGUAAAAAAAUUUUAAUAGGUAAGCUUCAGAAAAUGUUCAGUUCGUUAUGAAGUUUAGAUUAUUAUUUAUUUCCAUGACUUUUUGUUCCAUUUUUGAAGGACUGAACCAAAAAAAAAAGAAGUUCAGAAAGACAUUUUUUUGCACUUUUUUGAAUUCCAGACGCUCUCUGCUUACCACGCUUCCAUUGCCAAAUGCUUUGCUGCCGAUAUCGCGAAUCAGGCGGCUACAAAUGCGGUUCAGGUUGGUUUUCUUGAAGAAAAAAGAGCUAUUUAUAGAUUCAAAACGAUUUUUUUAGAAAAAGAAAAUGAUGUUUAUCGAGAAAAAAAUGUCUAACUAUUGCGAAAAAAAUUCAACUCAAAUCGGAAAGUUGGAGAAUUAAUGUUAUUUUUUUCGAAAAAAAAUAAUGUUUUUUGGGAGUAUUUUUCGAGAAAAAAAUCCAACUUAAAUUGAAAGAAAAAGAGAAUAAAUUGUAUUUUAUCCUUCAAAAUCAACAGUAAUCGUUAUAAUAUGGAACGAAAAUUGCUCAAAUAGUGGGGAGAAACGGAAGUUUUGACAAUAAAUCUCGUUUUUUUCGAUAUUUUUUUCAAAAUUUCGUAUUUCCUGGUCAUUUUUUUCAAAUUCAUUAUUUCAAGUUUACUUGACUUAGAGAACUGUUUAUCUGAAAAAAAUUAAGAAAAUCGAAAAAAAUAUUACAGUGUUUUUUUGUGGGUAUUUUUCAGCCAAAUAAAAGACUGGUAAAAAGUACUUUUUUUGAUUAUUCAGGGGCUGUUUUUUUAGUGGUUAUCAAGUCGCUAUCGGACAAUAAAAAAAUAUUUUUUUCCUUUUUAAAAUAAAUAUUACUUUUUUUCGUACUAAUUGAUAAGAUUUUUUUAAGUCAGAAUCUGUCAAUAAAUGAAUUUUUGAAUCAAAAAAACUAUACUUGAAAUCUUGAGAUUUUUUUACGAGUGAAAAAAAUGACUUUUUCGCAAUUUUUUUGACUGGGAAAUGUGAGAAAAUAAAGUUUUUUUAAACGAAAAUUAGAAGAAAUAAUCGAAAAAUGAGUCUUUAUAAGGAGAACUUUGAGUUCUGUUGAAGGAAUUACUGAGUGGUCCCUGGAGGGGCAACUUUAGGGUUUUCUGAAAAUUCCCCUCCAGGGAUCACUUAACCUCCCUCCGAAGGACGCACUAAGCUUUCAAAAGUGGUCCCUAGAGAGUCGAAAAUUGAAAAAUGCCCGGAAAAACCGUCGUGACCUCAUUUGAAAGCACUAUUUUCCCUCCCUAGAGUGGCUUUUUUUUUUGCCUAACCCCUCUAAGGACCACUCUACCGCUCCGACAUUUUUCAAUGAAAAAUUCAGAUCUUUGGUGGAAACGGCUUCAAUUCUGAAUAUCCCGUCGAAAAAUUGAUGCGCGAUGCGAAGAUUUUCCAGAUUUACGAAGGCACCAGCCAGGUAAAUUAAUUAAUUAAUUAAUUGGUUAAUUUUCAAGUUUGAGAUCCAACGAAUGAUCAUCUCCAGAAUGCUUCUGACCAACUACAAGAACACUGGAUCUUCCCUUGUCUAA